CAUGAAUCAUAUUCAUUUUGCUUAUAAAUUAACUGGUUCAUAGAUUUGACACACAUGCAUCACACCGAAAAGAAUCAUGUGGAAGAAGAGACGUGUUCUCACUUGCACUCUGUUGUUUUUGAGUAUCAUUUGUUCAAACCGAUCGGAUGCGGCAUGUGAUGGAAGAAGUCCACCCCUCUUGAAUGACAUAACAGUGAGGGAGCCAACGUACUAUUCAGAUUAUUGGACUGACGGUGAAGGUAUACUUUUGAAUGACCGUGAACUCGAUGCAAAAUGGUACAGUGCAGUGUUCAAUGGCCGUCAGUACCUUAUGACAGAUUCAAAGAAUGUCCCAUUGCUAUCAAGCUGUAACACUUUAUACCCAUAUUACCUAAAAGAUGAACACCCUUCUCUAGACGAUCUUAACGAUAUUGGAAUUGAGCGUGAAGCUUGCAUGGUAAGUCUUGAAGAAACAUGUGGGACAACCGUCAAUGUAAGGAUCAGAAAGUGCGACAAGGAAAUUCAGUAUUACCUGAAGCCUACCAUAAUUUAUUCAGCAUAUUGUUUUGGUGCAGGAGCAGUUAUAAAUGAUACUGCAGUACCACCUCCUAGUGACGUAAACCUUGGCUCUAUUUAUACCGCACCCGAAAUACGUUUCAGUGAAACUCCAGUGACGAAUGGUCGAUUCAAGGUCAAAUAUGUCCCGUUCAUACAAUUUAGAUGUAUUUUUUCUAACUCUUCAGAUUACUUCUACAAUGUACAAUGGAGCAUUAGGGGAAAAUCAAUAGCUUCAUAUGGGCCUUCUCAGAACAUGGACGACCUAAGCCUUCAUGAAGAUACGUUCAAAGAUUAUCCCCUAGGAUACAUGGUACAAUGCUCUGUGGCUGUGUCAGCUGUAAAGCGAGGACAGCAAACAGAACCUAAGUACAGUGAUAAAUAUUACGCCGGUGUCAAGAUUUACAACUCAACUGUAUUUUUAAAGAAAGGUAGUCACAUACAAAUAGCAAUUUCAUCGACGCUUCCAAUUGGAUGUACACAUCCCGACAAUAUUAAUGUACAUUGCAAGGACGAACUACGUAUAAGUAAUGCGCUUAAACAAAAAUGUCAAGAAGAAACAUUGGCUAAUAUUGUUGAAGACGACGACGAUUCGAGAACAAAAUGUACGGAGGAAAUAAAGACGCUUUACAAAGGCGCCCGCUGGGAUCCAAAUACUCUGUUUCACUUUAAGAUUGUGACGACAGACAUGGAUUACGAGGACAAUAAUACCUUCGGUCUGAAACUACAGUUUAGCAGUGAUAUGGCACAUACGUUUUGGAAGAAUAAGGCACUACCUAAUGUUCGAGUUAUUGUCCAGGAUAACAUUGAUUAUCAAAAUAAGACUUGCUAUUCGCAUGGGGAUCCACAUAUACGCACAGCUGAUGGCAAUUAUUAUUCACAACAACAAGUAGGAAGUUUCAUUCUAUACCACAACGAAAAAUAUAACAUUGAGAUUCAAGAAACAACACAAAGGUGUGGAAGCGCUGCAUGUACGUGUGGGGUUUCUAUACGUGCUGGCAGGGACAUUUUUAUGAUUAACAGAUGUGGGAAAAUAAAUUUUCUAGGAUUUCCACAAUGUGAUGAUGGUGGAAUUCUUCAAGUAGUGAGAAUAAAUGAACGAACAUACAAGGUUUUCACACCCAUUGGAACAAAAAUUACUCUAAGUCUUAUGACAAGGUUUAUUAAUAUCGACAUUUUGAUGGCCCCUAAGGACAAAUACAAUUUACGUGGACUAUGUGGAUAUUUUGAUAAUAAGAAAUCAAACGACAUGGUUCAUAGAGACCGAACGACAUCUACAAUAAACGUAGAUUAUCCAUAUACAGAUUUUGUUAACAGCUGGAGAGUUCAAAAGGAAGAAGUAUAUUCACGUAAGAAACGUGAUUUAAAAAGUUGGGCCAGCCAAAAUGGAAUUUUCUGUGUUUGUGAAGAAGAAAAGGCAGAGAGAUCAGCAGAGGCAUUGUGUUCAAGUAUGCAGUAUCUAGAAUGCCCAAUGCAAGAUUCCAUAACACAAACUAAAUGCUACAUACACAGUCAUCGUAAAAGGAGGUCUCCAGCCUCUCAUGAAAAAGAAAUGGAUCGACUGUUUGCAUUAAUGCAACCAGUAGAAAAUCACAACAUCAGAAAACGCAACACAAAUGCAACUGUGAUAUCUGAGGAUCAGGCAAAGGAAAAAUGUUCAAAGAAGAUCAAAGGAUCACUUGCGUUUACAUCAUAUAGGGAUAUGACAGCUUCAGAAGAUCCAAAUGCCGUGAUUAGCCAAUGUAUCUUUGAUAUUAUGGCCACGAACGACCAGUCAUUUGCAGAUGCCCACGCGGAUUCGGUUAACACUAUCGUUAAAGGCAUGAUGAAUGAAGUUCCUACGUAUGUUGAAACCAACAAGAAAGAGGUACAGGUGUUCCUUAAAAACUCUUGCUCCAGUAACUGCAGUGACAGGGGAAACUGCUCCGAUGACGGCGAAUGCAUUUGUCACCAAUUUUAUCAUGGUGCCAUCUGUGAUAUUGACGAAAGAAUUCCACCCAUCGUUACUGACAUAGAAGGAGGAGGAGUAUGUGACACCAGUGAUGGUGGAGAUUGCAGAUGUUUUUAUGUGCGCGGUGACAAUUUUCUAGAAAGUUUGAAGUGCAAGAUUGUUACUUCAGAGAUCUCGAUUUUGGGCGAUGAAAUAAACGUUACCAUAGAAACAUUUGCUGGUGACUUUGAAGAUGUCUUCACGGGUGUUUGUUGUAUCCCGGAAGAAAACGUUUUCUCUAGAGAUAUGUUUGUUAGGGAACACGAUGUAUCAGUCAGUAGCGAUGGAGUACACUAUGGUGAAAACAACACCAUGUACAUCUUUGAUUCAACUUGUCAGAAACUUGAAUCAUUGGCAACAGGAAGACCGUCGUUCAAAUUAAAGAAUGGAUUUUGUUUCAUCGAACAUGCCUGUAUCAAGAACACCUACGCGUUCCUUUCUGAAAAUGAUACUUGUUUAUCGUGCAACACUACUGUGUCAGUGACAGAUUGGACAGAAACAAACUUGGAAAUAUGCAUUCCAACUACUACAACCACAUCAACAAAGACAACAAAAUCAUGUACCAGCACCCAUGCUACAGAAAUGACAACGAUGCACGUUGAUAUUCCAAGCACAGAGGGUGUUGAAAAUCAAACUAUCUCAGAAUCAACCUCUACAAGCACAGAGGAUUUUGAAAAUCAAACCCUCCCUGUAAUAACCUCGACAAGCAUGGAUGAUGUUGUAAAUACAACUUUCACUGAGGCUAUCCCUACAACAGAGACGAAGCAAACAACAGCUGUCAUGACGACAUCAAAGAAGAGAUGUAAAGGAAAACAUUUCAUACGCUUAAAAGAGCGGAAGAAGAAGCUUUCCGUGAGGAAUAAGAAAAGGAAGAAGAAAAUUGAACGGCUCACUGAACAAGUUAAACGACUCAAGCAGUUUGUUGAACGUGUUAAAAGUAAUCGAAAGAAUAUCAAUGACCAAACAACCACCCAACAGCCAUGAACAAUUCCGUUCAAUAAUAUAUUUCAAGCAUAAGGGCGUGCACGCUUCUUUUAAAAACAUGUACACUUUUUCUUCAACUUUGCUUAAACUUGUGAA